AUGCCUACUCUCGUUGGAAAAGAAAUCGGCCCGAUCGGCUAUGGCACCAUGAGAAUGACCUGGCAAGCUCACCCGCCCAGCCAGGAGGUGUGCUUUGAGACCUUGAACAAGUCGCUGGAGCUGGGUGCCAACUUUUGGAACGCAGGCGAGCUCUACGGCACACCCGAGUACAACUCGCUGCAUCUGCUCAACAAAUACUUUACCGAAUAUCCCGAGAAUGCGGACAAGGUCGUUCUCAGCAUCAAGGGCGGCUUGAAACCGGGCCAGUUGGCCCCCGACGGAUCGGAGCAGAACCUGCGUCGCAGUGUGGACGAGUGUCUACGCGUGCUGGAUGGCAAGAAGAAGAUCGACAUCUUUGAAGCGGCGCGGCAAGAUCCCGAGUAUCCUGUCGAACACACGGUCGAGGUGCUUGCCAAGUACGUGGCAGAGGGCAAGAUUGGCGGCAUCGGCCUGAGUGAGGUGGACGCGGAGACGAUUCGGAGAGCACACAAGCUCCACCCGAUCGCGGCAGUCGAGGUGGAACUGUCACUCUGGUCGACCGAUAUUCUCGAGAACGACGUCGCCAAGACUUGCGCAGAGCUCAAAAUUCCGGUCGUCGCCUACUCUCCGUUGGGGCGUGGCGUGCUCACUGGAGAAUUGACUUCCCCCAAGGAUAUUCCAGAAGGUGACUUCCGCCGCCAUAUGCCACGAUUCCAGGAAGAAAACUUCCAGCAGAAUCUCAAACUGGUCCACGAGGUCAAGAGCCUGGCGGCUCAGAAAAAUGUGACACCGGCCCAGAUUGCUCUGGCCUGGGUCCGGACACUGAGCAACAAGCCUGGGAUGCCCACUCUAAUUCCCAUUCCUGGCGGUACGACCGUCGACAAACUGAUCCAGAAUAUGAGCGGUGUAGACUCGCUCACGGAUGACGACAUGGCUGCCAUUGAUGGAAUCUUGAAGCAGCACGCAGUCGCCGGGACCCGCUAUUAA